AUGUUCAAGAGAGACGACUACAUUCGAACUAAACACGACGCCGUUUUUCCCAAGUGGCAGGGUUUUGCCCGAUCCAUGCUUCUUCGUAAACCCUUUUCAGAAACUGAAGAAUUACGGAGGACUUUUGCGGACUACUCCUCCAUUUCUCGCGAUUUAGGUCCAAAGAUUAUGGUAGGGGCUAACAGUAUGGAAGAUUUCAGAAAGGGAAAAGAUUGUGUAGGUAGAUACAGAGUUCAAGGAUCCUUACCGGGUCUGUAUGAGCUCGGCGUAGCUGUCAUUGGUCAUGACCAGGGCCGAAAAGUUGACUCAGGUGACGAUCUUGUGGCUUAUCUUGGUCAAGCUGAAACCAUUAGAUCUCGACUCCAGCCUUAUGGUACCCAUCAUGACUUGCUUAAGACACUUGACGAAACCGAGUUUAUGAACCAGAGAAAGUCAGGUUUGUCUCAAACGAAAAUUAGCAACAGAACCGAAGAGAAGCAACAUUAUCUUGCAAAAGGGCGAGAGAGCAGCUGUGAUGCAGCGAUACCUAGACUCAGUCGGUCCAGACCUCAAUCGGUUUCAGACAGACAUGAUGGGUCUGAUUCUGCAUCUGUUUGUGGAGUCUUACUACAAGAUGGUACUAUUUGCACUACAACUCCAAUUGAAGGAAGAAAGAGAUGCACAGAGCAUAAAGGGCAGAGGAUUUCAAUUGUUUCCCUCGAUAAACACUUACCGUGUGAAAUUCCAACCGGAAAGGAAUGUGAAGAAAAUGAGAACAUAUGUGGAGUCAUUUUACCUGACAUGGUACCUUGCAGAAGAAAACCUGUUUCAAGGAGGAAACGAUGUGAGGAUCACAAGGGAAUGAGAACCAAUGCCUUCUUCUUUCUGUUCAACCCAACAGAACGCGAUAAAAGCGUCAAAUCGGAGAAAUCCAAACCUGAGACAUUUACAGGCUCAAUGAACCAAGAGAAUUUGGGUCCGGGUCUUUUCUGUGAAGCUACAACAAAGAAUGGUUUGCCUUGUACGAGAAGUGCCUCUAAGGGAAGCAGAAGAUGCUGGCAACACAAGGAUAAAACUUUGGACCACAGAUCAUCCGAAAAUAUUCAGCCAGCAACCAUAAGGCAAGUAAUGUGCGGAGUUAAGCUGUACAAUGGAUCGAUAUGCGAUAAAUCUCCAGUAAAAGGACGAAAGAGAUGUGAGGAGCACAAGGGGAUGAGAGUCACAUCUUGA